AUGACGGCUACACAGGAGGAAGUGGCACCGGAAGUCUCAAUCAAGAAGCCGCUGCAGGUGGCAUCGCUCUACGUGGGCGACCUUGACCCCGCCAUCAACGAACCGCAGCUUGUGGAGCUUUUCAAGCCGUACGGCACAAUCCUCAAUGUGCGUGUCUGUCGCGACAUCAUCACGCAGCGCUCGCUGGGGUACGGCUACGUCAACUUUGACAGCAACGAAAGCGCGUCCAAGGCAAUGGAGGCUCUGAACUUCAAGCGCAUUGGUGAGAAGUGCAUCCGCAUCAUGUGGCAGCAGCGCGAUCCGGCACUGCGGUACAGCGGCGACGGCAACAUUUUCGUGAAGAAUCUCAAUAAUGAGGUGGACAGUCGAGAGCUCAGCAUCAUAUUCAAGAAGUUUGGCGAUAUUCUCUCAUGCAAAGUCAUGGAGGACGAGGGUGGCAAAAGCCGCGGCUACGGUUUCGUGCACUUCAAGGACGAUGAUGCAGCAAAGAACGCCAUCGAGAAGAUGAACGGUGCGAAAGACUACGCGGAUGCAGAGAAAGCAGGCUUGUACGUCGCCAACUUCAUUCGCCGCAAUGCCCGCCUUGCAGCUCUUGUUGCAAAUUUCACCAACGUGUACAUCAAGCAGGUGCUGCCCACGGUGGACAAGGAAAUCAUCGAAAAGUUCUUCUCAAAAUUCGGCGGCAUCACAAGUGCCGCAACGUGCAAGGACAAGAAUGGUCGUGUGUUUGCUUUCUGCAACUUUGAGAAGCAUGACGAUGCCGUGAAGGCAAUAGAGGCAUUCCACGAUCAGGUGGUGGAGGGCGUCACGCCACCGGGCGAAAAGCUUUACGUGCAGCGUGCCCAGCCGCGGAGCGAGCGGCUAAUUGCGCUACGGCAGAGGUACAUGCAGUGCCAGUCACUCGGCAACAACCUCUAUAUCCGCAACUUUGACCCUGACUUCACGGAGGAGAACCUCCGUGAGUUGUUCAAGGAGUACGGUGAAAUUCGCAGCUGCCGUGUCAUGGCGGACGCGAACGGCAACAGCCGCGGCUUCGGCUUCGUCAGUUUUGAGAACGCCGAUCAAGCCAACGCCGCACUCCGCGAAAUGAACGGCCGUAUGCUGAAUGGGAAGCCACUCAUUGUCAACAUUGCCCAGCGCCGCGACCAGCGGUACACAAUGCUGCGGCUGCAGUUCCAGCAGCGUCUGCAGAUGAUGAUGCGCAGGAUGCACCCCAUGCCGUUCGCCUCGCAGGGUCCCACGCCGCAGCGCCGCAACAUGCGCGGCGCACAGCGCGGUGGCGGCAACCGUCACCAGGCUCCCCUGCACUCCGCCCCGCCCCC